ACAAAUAAACACAUCAGUAUAUUAUAUAAAUUCAAGCAGUUUAUUUAACUUAUAUCAUUCAAUAAGAUAAACUUUGUGCAAUCAAGUCUAUGUGAAUAGUGUUUAAUAUAACAACAAUUCUUUCAAAUUUAUUAGUAAAAAUAACUUAAAUCAAAAAAUGCAAACAACGUUUAGAGUUUGCAAAUUAUAUUUGCUUUUAUGUCUUGGUUUAUCAACAAAUGCCAGUCCAAUAUUAAAUGGAUUAAAAACAACUUCAUCUAAUUAUCAACAGAGUAAUUCAUCAUUACAGCACGAAUCUUUGUUUUCUCCUAACUCAGAUUAUGGAAAUGUGGAAACCAAAUUAAAAUCACAAAUGGUUUCAGCAGUUGACCAAAGUUUGAAAAACACUCCAGGUAUUACCACAACAUAUCGAGAUCAAAAUGGAAAUCUCAUAACUCAGGUAAAAAAAGAAACUUUUAAUAAGGAAAAUGGUCAAAGCUCUCAUGCAUUUGAAAUCCAAGAGAGUAAACAACUUCCAAAUGGGUAUUCGAAAAGUUUCAAAAAAGAAUAUUCAUCAUCUGGUGUAACAGGAUCUCAACCUACUGUAUUUGUUCAAACACCAUUGAAUACAGAUAAAUAUUACAAUAGUGAACAACUAUCAAAUGGAGAGUCAAGUUUAUACGGAUCUUUCCAAAAUUAUCAAGGACAAUCAAUACCUGCUAAUAUAGGAAACGUAGGAAUUAAAUCAAAUUUUAAAUCAACAGUUGAUCAAAGUUUGACUAAUGUACCUGGAGUUACUACAACAUUUAGAGACCAAAAUGGAAACAUUGUUACUCAGGUAAAAAAAGAAAUAGUAACCAAUAAUGAUGGUCAAAAUGGUCAUGUAACAGAAUUCGAAGAAACAAAACAACUUCCAAAUGGAUAUUCAAAAAGUUUCAGAAAAGAAUAUUCAUCAUCUGGUGUAACAGGAUAUCAACCUACUGUAUUUGUUCAAAAACCAUUGAAUACAGAUAAAUAUUACAAUAGUGAACAACUAUCAAAUGGAGAGUCAAGUUUAUACGGAUCUUUCCAAAAUUAUCAAGGACAAUCAAUACCUGCUAAUAUAGGAAACGUAGGAAUUAAAUCAAAUUUUAAAUCAACAGUUGAUCAAAGUUUGACUAAUGUACCUGGAGUUACUACAACAUUUAGAGACCAAAAUGGAAACAUUGUUACUCAGGUAAAAAAAGAAAUAGUAACCAAUAAUGAUGGUCAAAAUGGUCAUGUAACAGAAUUCGAAGAAACAAAACAACUUCCAAAUGGAUAUUCAAAAAGUUUCAGAAAAGAAUAUUCAUCAUCUAGUGUAGUUGGUAUUCAACCAACAUUAAUUAAGGUCAAUACUACUGAAAAAAAUACAUAUUUACCACAACAAAUUAUACAAGGGGAAACAGAAAAAUUUAAUGGUUACAACACAUUUUUUAACAACAAAUAUACAAUAGAACCAAACAGCCCAAUUAAUUCUCAAGUAUUAAAUAAUAAAAAACAAUCAUUAGAAACAAUAGAAACCACUGGUACGCUAAAGGGCAAUUCAUUUAGCCUUAACACUAAAGAUCAAAUUGACUGUGAUAAAGGGCCUUCUAGUACUAAUCCAUCAAAUCAAGAUUUUAAACAACAACCAAUUAACACAAAUUAUUCACCAGUUGGUCAACAAGUACCAGUCAAUAUCAAUCAUUUUUCAACACAAACACAGGCGGAAGUCGGUCAACAAUCAGUAGAUUUACACAGAUAUACAAAUCCUUCUCAAAUAGGACAACAAUCUGUCGACAUUAGUAACUUAUAUGUACCAAAAAAACCAAAUAGUCAGAAGUUUGAAAAAAUUGAGUCCUUUUCCACACAAACACAAGCGGAAGUCGGUCAACAAUCAGUAGAUUUACACGGAUAUACAAGUCCUUCCCAAAUAGGACAACAAUCUGUUGACAUUAGUAACUUAUAUGUACCAAAAAAACCAAAUAGUCAGAAGUUUGAAAAGAUUGAGUCCUUUUCCACACAAACACAAGGGGAAGUCGGUCAACAAUCAGUAGAUUUAAACGGAUAUACAAGACCUUCUCAAAUAGGACAACAGUCCGUAGACUAUAGUAACUUAUAUGUACCAAAAAAACCAAUUAGUCAGAAGUUUGAAAAAAUUGAGUCCUUUUCCACACAAACACAAGGGGAAGUCGGUCAACAAUCAGUAGAUUUACACGGAUAUACAAGUCCUUCUCAAAUAGGACAACAAUCAGUAGAUUUACAUGGAUAUACAAGUCCUUCCCAAAUAGGACAACAAUCUGUCGACAUUAGUAACUUAUAUGUACCAAAUAAACCAAGCAGCAAAAAGUUUGAAAAAAUUGAGUCCUUUUCCACACAAACACAAGGGGAAGUCGGUCAACAAUCAAUAGAUUUACACGGAUAUACAAGACCUUCUCAAAUAGGACAACAGUCCGUAGACUAUAGUAACUUAUAUGUACCAAAAAAACCAAUUAGUCAGAAGUUUGAAAAAAUUGAGUCCUUUUCCACACAAACACAAGGGGAAGUCGGUCAACAAUCAGUACAUUUACACGGAUAUACAAGUCCUUCUCAAAUAGGACAACAAUCAGUAGAUUUACAUGGAUAUACAAGUCCUUCUCAAAUAGGACAACAAUCUGUCGACAUUAGUAACUUAUAUGUACCAAAAAAACCAAAUAGUCAGAAGUUUGAAAAGAUUGAGUCCUUUUCCACACAAACACAAGAGGAAGUCGGUCAACAAUCAGUAGAUUUACAUGGAUAUACAAGUCCUUCUCAAAUAGGACAACAAUCUGUCGACAUUAGUAACUUAUAUGUACCAAAUAAACCAAGCAGCAAAAAGUUUGAAAAAAUUGAGUCCUUUUCCACACAAACACAAGGGGAAGUCGGUCAACAAUCAGUAGAUUUACAUGGAUAUACAAGACCUUCUCAAAUAGGACAACAGUCUGUAGACUAUAGUAACUUAUAUGUACCAAAAAAACCAAUUAGUCAGAAGUUUGAAAAAAUUGAGUCCUUUUCCACACAAACACAAGGGGAAGUCGGUCAACAAUCAGUAGAUUUACACGGAUAUACAAGUCCUUCUCAAAUAGGACAACAAUCAGUAGAUUUACAUGGAUAUACAAGUCCUUCUCAAAUAGGACAACAAUCUGUCGACUUUAGUAACUUAUAUGUACCAAAAAAACCAAAUAGUCAGAAGUUUGAAAAGAUUGAGUCCUUUUCCACACAAACACAAGAGGAAGUCGGUCAACAAUCAGUAGAUUUACAUGGAUAUACAAGUCCUUCUCAAAUAGGACAACAAUCUGUCGACAUUAGUAACUUAUAUGUACCAAAUAAACCAAGCAGCAAAAAGUUUGAAAAAAUUGAGUCCUUUUCCACACAAACACAAGAGGAAGUCGGUCAACAAUCAGUAGAUUUACAUGGAUAUACAAGUCCUUCUCAAAUAGGACAACAAUCUGUCGACAUUAGUAACUUAUAUGUACCAAAUAAACAAUAUGGAAAUGUAAACUUUCAAUCAUCAAAAUUAUCGACACAAACUGGACAAUUAUCAACAGGUAAUAAUGAACCUAUUAACUCUAAAUAUAACAGUGUCUUCGAUAAACUAGGGCAAUUGGAACAUGAAAUUCUGGGUGCAAAAAGCACAGUGAACAUAAACAAGGGAAAUGUACAAACCACUUAUUCCACUAAUCAUAAUGUAAAAAGCAUGCCUGUGCAAACAAGUUAUCAAGAAUCCAAUUUUUCAAAAAAAAUAAAUGAAAACACACAAUAUAUAGAACCAGAAUCUGAAAUAGCCUAUUCUAAGUCUUUUCAUCAAAAAGAUUCAAAAUUAGUAAUACAACAAGAUGCAAUUGAAAAUCCUACAUCAAAUACGGAACACUUUUCAGAAAAUCCAACUACACCAUCUUCAGUCUGGAAAAAAAUUGGAGAUAAAUUCAAAGGUACCAUUGAAAAUGCAAAAAACAAAGCCCAACAACUAGCAUCUAAUAUUAAUGAUAAAGUAGGCUUUUCAAGUGUAACUGGAAAUCCGUGUUAAGCAUUGUUAUUGUUAAAAAUAUUUAUAUGUCUUUUAAUUUAUUUUAAGUUUAUUUAUUUUAUUUAUUUUUGACGAAAUGUAAAAUUAUAAAAUUGUUUUCCAUUAUGUAAAUAUUUGAAAUGUAUUUAAUAAUAACAAUUUUUAAACUUAUUUAUUUAUAUAAAUUUAUUGUAUUGAGAUUAAUACACUUAUAAAAAUAUUAUAAUAACCUAUAUUAAAGUUUGUUAUUAUUGUUUUAAAUUAAAAAUAGCAUUUAUUAUUUUAAAUGACACAAAUAUUUUAAACUAAAAUAAAUGGAUACUUUUUAAAUUGAAA